GUUCAUUGUCGAUAAAUGAUAACUCCGCCAUUUGAUCCACAUCCGCGUCGACACUCCACUCCAUGCGACAACAGCACUAACUUACCAAAUAUCGACACGUUCGUUACCCAGUAGCAUGGCAAGUUCUUUAGGUCCAAAUCCAUCUGUCGAAGAUAUUGAGGAUGAAAUCAUCCUGCUGGAUAGCCUUCUCGAAUCGCUCGAAUCGGGAUCAAUCGAUUACGACCGACUCCAGUGGAAAUACGAGAAAGAACGACAAGAGCUGUUGAAUUUGCUAUCCGAAACAGAGAACCAAGAUGCAGAAAUAGGCAAUCCUCGGGCCACUGCAUCGCCACACCCGCCCAGCACAGAGCAAACAUCCAGGAAACGCUCGCUAGAUGACGACGACCGCUCUAUACCCGGUGCCUACCCGGUCUCGAAAUCAAGAAGAACGUCUGGAGGUAGCUCAGGAGCGAAUUCGCCGACUUCGGUAGAUUCGUUGGGGUCUAUUCCUGGUCUUCGACAACCUGGAACUCCAGGCAGCCAGCGGGCACUGCAGCGGCAACGAGACCGCUUCGAGUCUGCGGAGAAAGGUAGGCUUCAAAGACGGCUUGAUGAGGAGUUUGCAAAAAGUCUACAAUCGGAGGAUAUCAGGGCGAGGAAUGGCGGGGACUCUCAUCCAGGCGCAACCACAACCCCGGGUCCUCAUAUGGCCAUACAAGAUUGGGCUCGCCCUCCGCCUCGCUCCUUUGAUGACCCCUUCACCGAUCUUAUGGAGCUUCCUAAUAGGCAAGGGCAGACGGAUCGCAACACAUAUCUCAACGUUUACCCCCCUCCACCACCCCCACAAGACACCCCGUUUAUCCGUACAUCCGGAGGAUUCAUGAAUCCCUCGGAUGCGAUACACACCCUUGUGAAUCGAGCACCCUCCUUAAAGCAAGAGAAUCCCUGGGCGCAAUAUCCGAAUGCAGCUUCAAGCUCUCGUAACGACCCACCAUGGCCUCCACCAGACUACGAUCCUUAUGGCCGCGGCAUGCUCCCUUGGCAGCGCGAGAUUCACGAUGACCUCUACGGAGCCGCGCAGGUCAAUUCUGCAGAAGAGCAGAAGCAUCUCCAAAGCCUCAUGGGAAACAUCGAGUCGAUUGAUGAUGUUCCUAUUCAUGAUCGAGAUCAGACCCCGAGGGAGAUGGACUGCACGCUCUACGAACACCAGAAGAUCGGGUUAUUCUGGCUGAGGAAAAUGGAAACGGGUUCGAAUAAAGGCGGGAUCCUUGCUGAUGACAUGGGUUUGGGGAAAACGAUUCAAAUCAUCGCUCUCAUGGUGACCCGACCCUCGGAUGAUCCAGCACAGAAGACCAAUCUUAUCGUGGCGCCUGUCGCCCUGCUAGAGCAAUGGAAAGGUGAAAUCGAGCGUCUCGUCAAACGUCGGUUUCGGCUUAGUAUCUUCAUCCACCAUGGUCAAAGUCGUGCGAAGAGUUUCGAAACUCUUCGGUCCUAUGAUGUUGUGCUGACCACCUACGGCCAAUUGACCGAAGACCGGAAGCGGUUGCUGCUACGGCAAAAGGCCCUCGAAAACAACCCACGAGUGAAGCUUACCCCCCAGGCCACCCCAGUCCUGAUGGGUCCUAACUGCAAAUGGUAUCGAAUUGUUCUGGACGAAGCGCAAAAUAUCAAGAAUAAAGAUACGAAGGCGUCAAUUGCCGCCUCGGAGCUUCGCGCACGGUAUCGUUUCUGCGUCACUGGAACUCCAAUGAUGAACCGGGUCUCCGAGGCAUACAGCUUGAUUCGGUUUCUGCGAAUUCCUCCCUAUGACCAGUGGAAUAGCUUUAAACUUGCCUUUCACUCCAAGCUGCAGUUGGGAAAUUGGGACAGCACUGUCAUGGAACGAUUUCAAGCCGUCCUCCGAGCCAUGCUGUUGAGAAGGACCAAAAAGACCAAGAUUGAUGGAAGGCCGAUCGACGAGACCCUCCCGGACCGGGUGAUCCAUACCGACCACUUUGUGUUCCGAGAUGAUGAAAAGGAGUUCUACAAGAAUGUGGAGACGCAUAACAAGGAAAAAUUUCAGGGCUAUAUGGACCGAGGCGAGGUGGAGUCCAAUUAUAUGGCCAUCCUGGUCUUGCUCUUGAGGUUGCGUCAAGCCUGCUGCCACCCGCUGUUGAUUAAGGACUUGAGUUUCGAGCCUGCCACCGAUCUCUCGGAGGAAGACUUGGCGACAUUCGCGGCGAAGUUGACACCAGAAGCAGUUCAGCGAGUAAAAAAUUCUAACGGCAACUUCAUUUGUCCAAUCUGUCUAGAUGCGACGCGCAACCCAGCUCUUCUUGUCCCGUGUGGCCAUGAAAUGUGUUCCGAUUGUCUCUCGAAGUUCGUCGCAGAUUCCAACAGCACGGAUGAUGAGGAUGUGAACGUACUGUGUCCACAAUGUAGAAUCAGCUUCAAUCCGAAACAAGUGACAGACUACGGCGCCUUCCUGAAGGAGUAUAUGCCGGAAGAACCUCCUCAAGACACCGCUGCGCCGAUUGGUUCAGACGAUGACGACUCUGAUGAGAGCGAUGAUGAGUCGGGGACGAACAGCUUGGACGGGUUCAUCGUGCCUGACGACGAAGAUGACGGAGAUAUUGACGAGGAAGCGAAAGGGCGCAAAAAUAAGGGAAAGAGCAAGAAGAAGGGAAAGUCGAGGGCUUCGAAGAAGAAGCUCAGGGACAUGACGCUCGGAGAGCUUGCCAAGGAAUCCCGCCGCAACGCACGAGCCAAGUCGAAGUACAUCCGCCGGCUUCGCAAGAUGUGGCGGACCAGCUCCAAAAUCGAGAAGACGCUGGAGAUCUUGACGGAAACCUACCAGAAAGACCCCACGGAGAAGACGAUUAUCUUCUCUCAGUGGACGAGUCUUCUCGACCUGUUGGAGAUCCCCCUCAAGGAUCACGGCUACCGAUACCUGCGAUAUGAUGGAGGGAUGACCUCCACGGAGCGAGCGACUACCAUUUCCAAAUUUAUGCGACGGGACGAUUGCAACGUCAUCCUCGUCUCGCUCAAGGCUGGUAAUGCCGGGCUCAACCUGACGCGGGCCAGUCAAGUCAUCAUUCUCGAUCCGUUCUGGAACCCGUUCAUCGAGGAGCAGGCCAUCGACCGUGCCCAUCGGAUUGGGCAGAGGCGGGUGGUUCAUGUCCACCGACUCCUGGUGCAGGAGUCCGUAGAGGACCGCAUCAUCGAGGUGCAGGAGCAGAAGAGGGAACAAAUCAACGCCGCGCUGGAUGAGAGAGCAGCGAGCAAGAUUCCACGGCUCGGAAGACGGGAGCUAGCGUACAUCUUCGGUGUCACUGAUGGAAUUUGAGUCAGCGUCCCAUUCCCAUAAAGCUCUCUCUCGGAGCAGGGUUUGUGGGCAGCUGUGUUUUCGGCCAGUCAUGGGGAUAGCAAUCGCAUUAUGUGGGAAACGAUAGAGAUGAUACAUGUCCUCCCGUAGAGCAAUACAGUCAUGUUGCAUGCC